AUGAAAACGCAAAAUAGAAAAGUGGAGAAAUCUGCUGCAUCCCAAAACGACCCAACCAAUGAUGCCCAUAAUCAAUCCGAUCCCUCAAAGACAGUCGAACAUCCAGAACCUCCCGUACCCUGGCUAGCACUGAUCAAUAUCAGCAACACUACACAACUUGGCAUCUUAGCAUUCGUCCUAGCAUACACCAUCAUCAAACUUGGCUACUUGCUAUUUCCCAUUGUCAAUACUGCCCUCUUCACUGCAGAGGUGGAUAGCUCCAUACUCACUCAGAUAAACAAUGCCAUUGAGAAGGCGGGUUCAGCUGAAAAUGUCCAAUUUCUGCUACCUGAAAAAUGGCCUCAUGCGGUAUACAAGCAGGGUUUCAACGGGCUCUGCAGAACAAACGAUGAUUCCAAGACCGUGUGCUACUAUGGCACCAACACCGUCAAACUUUUCAUGAAUGACAUUGCUCUCCAGAUAGCAGAGUACAACCAAAUAAAAGGUCUGAGUGCCUUCGAAGAAAAGUUUCUCAAUUUUUUAGGGCUCGAAAACGGUGACAGUUCAAACGGCGUUUUACCUGUCCUUAUCGCUGUUGUGAUCUAUGAAGUUGCGGCAAUACUUGCCCCCUUGCGCACAUUCGGCAACCCGUAUGAUCUUGUCAUUCCGUCACUUGCAUCAAUGAUGCUGGUCUGCUACAUGUUCAGCCUGGUGGAUGAGGUGGACAAUUCCCUCCUUACUCAGUUGCACCACAACAUUGCUUCAUUAGAACGCGUCAACAAAGGGUCAACCAAAGACCUCGCUGCUUUGCUUCCAGAGACAUGGCCUCAUGCUACGUACAAGCAGACGCUUCCAGGGGUUUGCCGAUUUAACGACGAUACUGCGGUUGUGUGCUAA